UGCAAAUAAUUGGCUGUAUUGCUUCAUUUUUGACAUCACCAAAAUAUUUAUGGUGUCCUUUGAUGCGCUUCAUGCUUGAGACGAGGCCAGAGGACGAUGAUGGAAUAUUUGAGCGACAAGUUCGCCUUGAAAAGUCAAGCGAUUAAAGGCAGCGAUUACUACAUGGACCAGGUCAUGGAGACUUUAGACAAUGUGCAGUACUACAAGACAACACCUAAAUGCGUUCAGGCCUUCUCGAUGCAGAGCAAUGAUCACCACAGCACGAUGGACAGGUCUUCUCCAUGUGACAACCAAAACAGCGUGAGUUACUGCGCUCCUAAAACUGAGGACAGCAGCCUGCAUCCGAUGGAGAACUGUUGCAACAUCAGAGCCUCACCGGUCACAACCGCACCUGAGAAAACCGACUUAGACGAGCUCGGUGAAAAAUGUGACAGUAACGUGUCGAGCAGCAAAAAGAGACGCCACCGCACAACCUUCACGAGUGCUCAACUAGAGGAACUAGAGAAAGUCUUCCAGAAAACCCAUUAUCCAGAUGUAUACGUGAGAGAACAGCUGGCCAUGAGAACAGAGCUCACGGAGGCCAGAGUACAGGUAUGGUUUCAGAACAGAAGAGCCAAGUGGAGGAAGAGAGAGAGAUAUGGACAGAUCCAGCAGGCCAAAAGUCACUUUGCAGCGACGUAUGACAUAUCAAUGCUGCCCCGAACAGACAGUUAUUCACAGAUUCCCAACAACUUGUGGACAGGUCCAACUCCAGGCAGCUCUGUAGUCUCUUCCUGCAUGAUCCCACGAGGUUCCCCUCCCUGUGUGACAUCCCCCUACCCCCACUCACCGCGGGCCAGUGAGCAUGGUUAUGUGGGUUUCCCCAAUCACCAGCAAAACCAGUUUGGAGUUAAUCACGUGUCUCUCAACAACUUCUUUUCCGAUUCACUUCUGGCUCAUUCACCAACCAGUCAUGGCACAUUUGAAACCAAACCAGAGUUUGAACGACGGUCGUCCAGCAUUGCUGUACUGCGUAUGAAGGCUAAGGAACAUACAGCCAACAUAUCCUGGGCUAUGUGAACUCUGAACCUGUUCUAAUAGUGCAGACCUGAACAGUUAAUUUUUUAAAUAACAAGCCAUAGUUGUGGUCUCCAGACUGCCCAAAAAAAGACUAUGAAUCGGUGGUUGCCCAAGUGACAAACAAAGCAUAAUAUUGUGUAAAAGACUGAUUCUCUUUCCUUUUUUUUUGUAACAAAGAUAUCAGCAAUAAUAUAGAUAGAAUAUUUUAUUUGGAGUUUUCUGUCUUCCAGGAAUGAUUGUUUACAGAAACCUCUUAAUUUCCUUGAAACCUCUUAAUUAAACAGUGAUUUUCAUAUUUUUUGUCCAAAAUCCAAAAACAGCCUAGUCCUUCAAGAGCAAGGCUCAUUCGAGACUUGCCAAUUUGCCAACAGAUGCUUCAGCAAAUAAUCCAGCACUUUGAGAACAAUAUUCCCCAAAGACCAAGGAUGUAACCACCAAUUCAGGAUUGGAGGGGUUAUUAAUUUAAUAAUCAACCAUGGAAAUGCAGCCACAGAUGCAAGUUAAAGAGCACCUAUUAUGGUUUUUAUACCUGCCUAAUGUUGUUUUAAAGGUCUCAUACAAUAAAUUUUCAUGCAUCCAAGGUCAAAAAACACUAUAAUUUGCUCAUAAUUUAAAUUGCAGCAUUACCUUUUUUUUCCCAGUGUCAAAAACGACUCGUUCAAUGAUCCGUUCUAAAGGAUUCAUUCUAAACUCCUUUCAGGAAGCCUACUCUGCUCUGAUUGGUCAGAUGUCCCAGUCUGUUGUGAUUGGUCUAUCGCUUAGUGUAGUGUUUGAGGGCGGGUCAAAGCUGUUCACGAGCAGCCAAUAAAGACCAGAGGCGGGUUUUGUGUUACCAAAUUAUGUAGGUUAGUACAGGAAGUAAGUCUGGAAUUACUAAUGACUAAGUUAGUAACCAGAAUAAGUCUGGUGUUCAGAAUCGGUUCUUUCUUUUGGGAGUCAAUAACUCUAUUUGUUGUGCACUUUGAUUUUUGAAACUUUGCAGACAUUUUUAAAUUCACAAACAGCUAUAUAACACACUACAUGAAAGGUAAUAUUUGAAAAACCAUAAUAGCUGCUCUUUAAGACUUUACUAUGCAAAGCAGAAGCCCUACAUCAACACUGUCCAGGAGCGCUGCCGACUUCUCUGGGCUCGGUCUCAUCAUAGAUGGAAAGUAGAACGGUGGAACCAUGUUUUUUGGUCCGAUGAGGCCACAUUUCAAAUAGUUUUUGAAAAACAGCUGUCAUGUUCUCCAGGCCAAAGAGGAAAAGGACCAACAAGCUGUUAUCAGCGUCAGCUCCAAAAGCCAGUGUCUGUAUGGGCCAGGAGUGUCAGUGCCCAUGGCAUGGGUAACUCACACAUCUGUGAGGGCACCAUUAAUGCAGACAGAUAUGUACAUAUUUUAUAGCAGCAUAUACUGCUAUCCAGCACCAUCUUUUCCAGGGACAUCCCAGAAGUUUCAGUAGGACAACUUCAAACCACGUACUGGCCGAAUAAGCAGAGAGUACUGGUGCUGGAUUGGCCUGCCUGCAGUCCUGACCAUCUCCAAUUGAGAAUGUGUGGUGCAUUAUGAAGCGCACAAUACGGCAACGAAGACCCCAUACAAUUGUGCAGCUGAAGACCUGCAUAAUGGAUGAAUGGGGGAAAAUUCCACUUUUUAAACUUAAACUUGUGUCUUCAGUAAACACUCGAGAGUGCCAACUGUUUUUGGAGUGUGUUGCAAUCAUCUGAUUUGAAAUUACUGUACAUUAAAAAAAAAAAACGAUGAAAUUCACAAGGUAAAACAUCAUAUAAUGUUUAGUUGUAGUGCUUUCAAUAUAGCAAAGGGUGAAUAUAAUUUACAAAUCUCUCCUUUUUGUUUUUAUUAGCAUUUUUCAAACUGUCCCAACUUUUCGGAAUUGGGGUUCUACAUGGUCAUCAUCUCUCUUUUGUUUACUUGUCAUUUCUCUGGAUGCAGAGCAUCAGUGUAACCCUAAUUUUAUUGAAAAACUGAUGGUGCAGCACAUAUGAGGCAGAAGAUCCCACCACACUCAGCUGCAGAUGAGAUCCAUCAGCAGGCCGAAAGGGUUUGACCCUCUGGGGUGAGUCACAGUCAUUAAUAAAGACCCUCACAUGUUUGGGGGAGUGAACCACACGAAGGAGAUGGAUCUCUUUGUUGCCCCACAUUCCAGCCCAGCACUUGGAUUUUAAAAUAAAAUCUUAAAGCAUAAAGCUUUAGAUACCGAUGCGUAAGAAAAAAUAUUAACUGUGCAUAAGAUAACCCUUAGGGUUAGGGUUAACCCUACCCCUAUUUUGUCUUUGAUUUGUCUUUAAAAUAUCCAAAUAGAUCUGACUCAGAUUUGUUUCAGCUGUUGU